CUCAAGAAUUGAUAUAUACGUUCAGUAUUAUUCUAGCCUUUGCUUAAAUCAAAUCUGUAUUAAGAUAAUUAUUUUUGAAAUGAAUUGCUAAAUUUGGGAUAUUUAUAGAUUUUUGUUCAGUAAGAACACCAAAAUGUUAAAAAUAAUAUGGGUAUUUGGGAUUUUUUUUGUCUGUACUUGGGCUGUUCAUAUAACAAAACUGGCUACCGAAGUUACAGUAGUUGAUACAGAGUUACUUCCUAAUGAGCACUUAAAUCUGAAAGGUACCAAAAAGUUAAGCAAGAGUAACAUAGAACAUAUUAUACUUAAAAAUUGCAGUGGUGUAAUUGAUGGUACUUCACUGAAACAUUUUCCAAAACUACACAAACUUACAAUAUGGAGAUCAGAUAUCAGAUCCAUCAGCACUAUAUUUCCCAUAAAUAAUUUGAUAUCAGUUGGAUCACGUCUACCCAACCUCGAUGAACAACUCCAGAGGAAAUUACCAAAACUACAAACAUUAUUCCUCAUCGGUAACAAGGACUUCGAAGUAGAUCCUUACGUUUUCAGAAAAUUCAAGUCGCUGGUAGCUCUGUAUAUUUCUGAAGCCAAUUUUACUGAAACUUGUAUCACCAAAGAAUGGUUUAAAGAUAUGGGACAAUUGGAAGAACUCAGUUUGAGCGAUAACAAUCUUGACUGCAUCUCCGAAGACGCUUUUAACAAUUUAAAGGUUUUAAGAAAACUGGAUUUAACAUAUAACAAAUUUACUACUUUGGAUAAAAAGGUAUUUAAAAAACUGACAAAACUAGAAAAUCUGGGUAUAUAUAAUAACAAUAUUGAAGAUUUUGAUAUAAAUUUUUUGGAUAGCCAAAGAAAACAUCUUGAAGGGUUAGGUAUUUCUUGGUCUAUGCUUAGUAACCUUGAUGCUGAGAGUUUUUUGAAACUUUUGCCUAAACUAAAGUGGGUUUCUUUUGGACACGAAGAAAUGCCCAACGAUUUUCAGGCUGGGGUAUUUUGUCAAAUAUUAAGACAACAUUCGGUUAACUGUAUAACUGAUAGUGUAUUUGGAGUGUCAAAAAUCUUAGGCUAUUCUUUAUAGAGAAAGCUAAAUAAUCCUUAAGAUAUUAUGUGUAACAAAAACUAAAAUUUAUACUGUCCUAUAUACUUAGUUUAAGUAUUUUCAUUCUGCCGUAGUUAAAUACUUUUGAUGCUUAUUGUGUUAUAUUAAGUUUAUCUUCAUUGACUUUCUAAACUAGUUUUGCCUUUUAAACUUUGCAGUAAGUAAAUAGUGCAUUGAAAAAACUAAUACAUACUAGUACAGUAUAUACAGGGUGUCCCAGGCUGAGCGUGCAUUAGAAGUUUCUAGAGAACUACAAUAUCUAGAUCGGAGAUUUUUUGCAUAUUAUUGUUUUAC